AUGAAUCCUUGGAGGCUCGCUAAGUUGAUCGACGAGCUUGCUGAUGGGACGGAGGCUUUCCGACACAGCAUCAAGGAGCGGCGCGCGGCAUAUGACAGGUUCUUACUCGGGCCUACCAAAAGGUGGACUCCGAGCUGCGAGACUGGCUACCGACCAGAAGUCCGAGGUGGCCUUAAUGGCUUACCUGUGAGCUGCUUCCCUGACUAUGGUGCAGGCAGGAAUGUGCUGUCUCUCCGUUACGCAAAGGAGAGACAGCUUCCGAUCAAUAGGAAUGACAAAGAGGAGGGUACCGUCGGCAAUGGUGAACGAGUGUUCUCUCUGGGCAGCGUAAGGCUACCGUUCCAUUUCGACGGUGAGAUUCAGAAGGCGUACAUCGUCAAGUUCCAGGUCUGGAAGGACUGUAUACACAACGUUGUUCUCGGAUCCGACUUCUUAAGGGCGAUCGAAACCUUCACCCAGUUCCGAUAUAAGAUACGAGCAAUGCCUGAUACAGGAUCAGAUGUGAUGUUGAUGAGUCAAGAUUUCGCUCACCAUUACUGCUACACGGUUGACGCCAGCCCGAGGCACCGGAUCCUAUUGCAGUUCGCAAAUGGCUCGUACGGCUGGACGACCGGUAUCGUUCGGGAGGUUUCCUGGGCCUACGGCGAGAGUGCCGAAGAGACACUCUGCGAUUUCUAUGUUCUUCCCAAUCUGAAGUGCGACGUGCUACUUUCCUACGACUUUCUCGAGGCUACCAAUGCGUUUCAGGAAUAUAGUCAUUGCUUAUCUCACACCGCCACAUUAUUGGACUGGGCGCUAUGCACCAUAACCAAGAUGCGCAAAUGGCUGGGCAUAUCGAAGAAGCCACCAGACGAGGCAGAGGAGGAGCUUCUACAAUGUUAG